AGCGUCCACGGCACCUGAGCGCAGCUGCACUGGCCAAUAGGAUGGAGAAGCUGCAGGAGCUGGACCAAUCAGAGCUGCAGGAGCUGCUGGACACCCCGCAGAGGGUGGAGUCGAUGGCCCAGGAGUCUGACGAGAUCCAGAACAUCCAGCUGGAGAGAGAGAUGGCGCUGGCGUCCAACCGCAGCCUGGCCGAGCAGAACCUGGACGUGAAGCCGCGCCUGGAGUCCCUGAAGGAGGUGUUGGUGACCAAGUACUCUCAGCUGGAGGCCUGCAGAGAAACCUACAGACAGCACUGCUCCCUCAGAGAUGGUAUGGUGGGUCAGGUGUCUCCUGAGGCCUUGUUCUUCAGACUACAGACGGAGAGCAGUAAGACGGAGGCAGAGUCCGAGGAUCUGGCCGACGAGUUUCUGGACGGAUCGCUACCAUUGGACUCGUUCCUGGACCGGUUCCUGUAUCUGCGCUCGCUGGCUCAUAAACGACGCGUGCGGCUGGAGAAGCUGCAGGAACUGCUGCGACAGCGGAGCGAGGGCAGCCCCCCCGCCAUGACAUCAUCAGCAGGCGCCAGCCAGAACCCCGCCCCCUCCCCCGCGCUCUGGAGCCAGCCCACGGCGACCACGGCCUCGGACCAGCACCAGUCCGGCUCCAAGCCUCCCCCCUGCAGCUACCAGAACGCCUCAUCGUCCGCCGCGGGCCCCUCGGGGCUGCCCUACAGCGCCUACCCCGCCCCCCCUCCCAACCCCGCUCCCCCAGGGGCGGCGGCGGCGGCCUCCGCUCCAAACAACCCGCCUCCUCACUUUCCCCCGUACUCUGGUUCCGGUUCCCCCUUCAGCCCGGCGGGAGGCUACUCCGGCCCCAUGCCGGCGUUCGGGCCCCCGGCCGCCGCCGGCCCCUGCCCUUACCCCGCCCAGCCCUCCUUCCCCACCCCCCACCCCGGCUCAGCGUUCGGCCAGUACACGCCCAGCCACCCCCACAGCGGGCCCGCGCCCUACCCGGCCUCCUACAGCUACGGGGGCUACAGCUACCAGGCCGGGGCCCCCUACUCCGGCUCCCAGUCCCCCACGGGGAGGGCCAUCCACAGACCCGGGUACGGCCUCCCCCAGCCCUACUCCUGAAGGCUCUGGUGCCGGGAACACCCGCUUCCUCACAAUUCUUCCUCUCGUCGCCCCGUUCCUCCUCCUGCUUCACCCAACUCUGUUGCACUAUUUCUGUCUGCACAUCCGCCCUCAGUUUGACCCCCCCCCUAAACA